CCUUUACUAUUGCCACCACUACUAUCACUACCACCACCUUUACUAAUGCCCUUACUACUGCUUGGUACUAUUGCUGUUUAAGAAAAAUCAGAGCUAGCCAAGCCAGUUACUAGCUGUGAAACUGGAAAUCUACAACCAACCAGGACCAUCCGCACUCACUCUCUUCUCAUAGUUGCUUGUUACUGUUUGUUAUAUGGCACGUACGCUCAUUACAAACACAUACAUACACAGAAUCAUCUGUGUACACACACAACUCAUCAUCUCUUUAUGUCCAACUGGAACACAACACAGUCUACGAAUCUAAGGUACUUCGCAAAGGAGACCCUUUCACUUUCUGUACUUUCCCCGUACAACAUUACCGAGAAUUUACAAAGUCUAGGAAAUUAAAUUUCAGUGUUGUUGCUGCUCUGAACGUCUUUGGUAUUCACCAAGGUCAUUUUAGACAUGAUUGCAUCUUCAUAUGACUAUUCAAAGUGUAAAACAUUUCUCUUUAUGGCCUUGUAAACGACUUUCUCAACACUCUUGUUGCCAUUUCGCUUAUCUGUCUUCUGUUAUUGAUGAAUUCCUCUUGCCAUGUUUCCACUGGCUUGCACAAGUGGCAGCAUUAUUGGUUCCAGUUACAAACUCAAACGAAUCAUUACAAAAUUGUUCAUCUUUCUACAAUCUUGUGCAAUAUCUACAUGGUAUUGCACAUGAACACCUGAUCCUUUCGGUUCUGUAUAGUCUUGUGCAGUAUCUUACAAUUUGGAUUACGAAAUUACAAAGAUCUGGAGAACACCUUCGAUAUGAUGUUUACUCUUUAACUGCUGAAGUUAGCCGACAUGUUAGCUGUGCUUUGAAGGAGUCUGUAUGUGGCCAUAAUUCUGACAGAUCUCCUUUAUCAGUGAUGGCUGUUGAAACCUCUACCAUCCGGGGGCCUUUUAAUAGUGUCCUAAACUCUGCCCGUCCCACUGUCUGUAUCAAACGUCUUAGCGAGUGUUUUGAUGAGUGGCAACUAUCAGAGGGCAUACACAAGAAACUGACCCGUGUGCCCUGUAAGACCUCACCCAAACAAUUGACUUGUAAACGAGUUGUUAAAAAAUACUCCCAGUUGAAAAAGUCCCCAAGCACUGAAUUUAAACGGAAGUUGUUUGUGUAUUCUGCUGACUCACCUGAACAAUCGCCCACUCCUUUCUCUGUGACGCAGUCCAGCGACAGCCUACUUGACAAUACACUGAAAGAAAAAUUACUGAAUGGACACAUGGAGGAAGACCAUUCUUCCGUGGAAGUUAGCCAUGAUGAAUGUAACGAUAACUCAACACACUCUAUAUCUGCAGAAAACCUCAACUCAGCAAAUGGUAAGUCACUACAGCUUGCCUGCAGCCUUGUUAGGCGAAAGUAUGUUCGCUUUUGGCGUAAACCUCUUGAAUGUCCUGUGUCCACUGGACCCACUGGGGAACGUCGCAUCCUGAAAAACGUGCGGUUGUGCGAUGUUUUCAAGCCAGGUUCUGAUAAAUGUCAACACGGUCAACUACCUGAAAACUUAAUUAUUCCUGAUUCUUGUUCUAAAAAAUCUUCUAGCACCAAUACUAAUAAUAAUAAUAAUUCCAUUUCUGAAAAUGAACAUCGCAUUCCUGAAAGACAACAAUCUGGUGAUGUUCAUUGGAAGACCGAAGAAAAAAAUAUUUUCUCUCUGUUUAAGAACUCAGAGUCUGUAAAAAACCGUCUAAACACUUCUGUUGCGAAUGAAAAACAUGACAUUACCUCCAGUGAAUCCUCAGUUGACCCUAGUAAAAAAUGUCCAAAGACCACCACAGGUAGCCUUUUAUUGCAUCAAGAGAAGGUAGCAAAUUCAACAGACUCUAAGAUCUGUGUCAACUUGGCUGACCAGUCCAUUGAUUGCUUAAAGCAUAGUAUGUACUCUGAAACGCUUAAAUCCGAGUUAGACAGCGACCCUGUUGGUAAUUCUUAUGACAAGAACUCCCAUCAGGGUUGUUUUUCUGAAGACUCUGCCUUUAGCAGUGGCAGCAACAGCAGUGUUGACCCCCUAGAACACGUAAACAAAAUUACUAAAGUGCAAGAGACACGACGCAAGGCCAAUAAACGACCGUCUUAUACCUAUAACUAUUUUACCAACUGCGAACAGGAAGGUCCUCGGAUACGGCGAAGGCGGAUGUGCCCGUGCUGUAUGUCUUCGUCACCAGAGAAAAAGAGGCGGCGGCGAUCACGGUCGUGUGCUUAUAAGUUGCCUGGUAACUCCCAACCUUUUGUUCAGAAUACAUUAAGACUAAUCUCACUGCGUAACAAGUUACAUUUGCUGUUUUCAGUAUUAUUUCCAAAACUGUAUCCAUUUCUGGAGUCCAUUCGAACUGACUCAGAGGAUGUGGACGUUUUAAUCAGUGAAGCUAUUUCUCUGGUGGAGACAGGUAAACCAGUGUCAUCCGAUAAAACUUCAUUACCUCUGUCAUCUUCAUCAUUAUUAUUAUCAUCAUCAUCAUCAUCUUCUUCGUCGUCUUCAUCGUCAUCAUCAUCAUUACCCACUUCUUUAUGUUCCAUGGGUGCAGACAAUACCAGUGUGGAUAAAAUAAACGUUAAGACCUUACAGGGUCAAGCCAUGUUGCUGGACAUGAAAGUAAGUUUGUGUAAGUCACCAGAGAAGUGUCUCUUAUCCUUGCAGCAAAAGACAAUGACCUUUCUCAAAGUGUUGCUACCCAACGUCCCAUUUCACCAGGAAGUUUUUCAUCAGAUAUCUUCUGAGCACCUUGAAUAUAUGCUUGAUCUUAUUGUUAGCAGCAACCAAGGCACAGCACCUUCAAAUCUUUGAUAAACUUCAACAUUCUUGAUGACUGUGAUAUAUGCAUUUAUUUUUAUUUCACUUUCGUUUUUUUUUUUUUUCAUUUCAUUCUUCUGUUUUCUUUCACAUUGUUAGUUCAAAUGAAGCAAAAACAAGCAAAAACAAACACAAAACAUUAUUUUUGGCAGUAUUUUUUACCUGAAGAAAAACUUACCUCAUUUGUCUCUAGAGAAAAAAAAAACUCUCUUUCUCUCUUUUUCUUCUUCUCUAUCCGCAUCCUUAUAUCUUCCCCAUCUCUCUUCGUUUUGUUUCCCUCUUCUUCUUCUAUUAUUACUUUUGUAAUUGUAGAAAAGAAAGAGGGGGAUGGCAGGGAGAGGAACUUCCCAUCAAUUAGUGUAUUUGUAGUUCUAUCAGGGAUGUUAGCUUACCAUAUUUAACGAGUAGGUGGGGGUAAUUGAAAUUUUUAGAUAACAAACAAACAAGGUAAAGCUGGUUCACUUGUGUUUAAUUACGUUUUUUUUUUUUUGUUUUUAAACCCAUUUGUUUUGUCUGUCAUCGAAGUAUUUUAUGUCUGAAAGGCUAAACCAAAAAGAGGAGGACUCUGUCUAUUAAAAUAAUAAAAUAAAAUAUAUUGUUAUCAUUGAAACUGGAGAAUUAUUAUUAGAAUUUAUGACAUCAACACCAUCAUCACCAACAACAAUAAAACCUAUAAAGCAAGCAAGUAGCAUUUCAUUUAACAUUGUCUUUUUUUUCUUUUAUGUAUCCUAAGUGGAAUUAUCUAGAGAUCAGAUCUGAAAGUACAUGUUAAUGGAGCACAGUUGAGAGUUGGUGGGAUUAAAAUGAGAGAAAGAGAGAGACACUAUGUAGUCGCAGUCUACUAAGACUUUUUUUUCUUCAAUGUACUGUCCAAGAGACUGAAGAAUAUGCAAACGAACCUUUAAUCUGCUUGAUUUGCUGAUUGUAGAUGCUCGACUUUGGAGACAAACUCUUACAGCUUGAUGUAGGUUUAAGAAUUGUAAUGACCUUAUGGCACCUUUUUGUCAGGUAGAUCAAUAUUUAUUACGAGACUUCUGUCGAUUUCUAAUGGGUUUGAGUUCAGUAAUAAACAUGAAGCUUAACCACACACGAACACAUACUGUCAUCGUAAAACAGAAACGACAUAUUGGAGAGAAUUCGUUGAGUACAAAAAGAUUAGAUGUGCAUUGACCAUACACAUAUCUCCUCAGUCAUAACUGGCCUGGGGAUAAGCAAAAGCUAAUAUCACACUCUUUCUCAUGGAUACAUAAUAUAUGUCAGUAUUUUGCGCUUGGCAUGGGUGUGUGGUGGUGAAUUCAGUACUGUUUUAAAGCUUCGAGUUCAAAUCUGGGUAACCAAGGAAUCCAAGUAAAGGGACAUAACUACGUCGAAUUUUUUUGGCUACUUAUAAGGUCACAAUUGAUCAAAUACAUAAAGACAGAUAUUGUUAUUGAGAAAUUUAAGCACUUAUUCAUUUUAGUGUGGAUUACUCCCACACCACUAACUAUUUUUUUAUUAUACUCUUCAGUUUUUUAUACUUUGAACACCAGGUAUUCAGAAUUUGCAGAAAAAUAAUUAAUUUUUAAAAAUCAAAAACUGAUUAGGGUUAGAUAAUUAAUAACUGCAGUACUUGUUUCUCUGCUUUGUGUUUGCAGUUUAAGUCUUAAUUAUACAAAUAUUUUGUUUACACUUGAAAGCAUUGUUUUGCUCAAAAAUUUUAAAGGACGAAAAUAUAAUUACAAAUGCAAACAAAAUAUAUAUUUAAGAUGCAAAUUAGAUUUGUAUGCAGAAAAAGGUACUGCAUUUGUAAAUAUCCUUACCCUAAAUCUGUUUAUGAUUAAACUAUUUUCGUUUUGUAAUUUCAAAAAUCUUAAGCUGAUAUUUAAAACAAAAAAAAAAUUGAAGAUUUUUCUUUUAAGGUAUAAUAAUAAAAAUGUAGUGGGUGGUUAAAAUGUCCACAGCACAACACUGUAAACAAAGGAAAAUUAUGUGAAACUAUACUAAAUAAAAAUGGAAAAUAAAGUUUCAGAGCCAUUUCUGAUUACCAUAGACAAUUUGUAUCGAGCAAUUGAGGAAAAAUGCCACAAAGUGAAGCAUUUCAGCCAUUAAUAGGGGACAGGUGUACAACUGCAAAAAUCUAGUUUUAAGAUGUUUCAUCAUUGUUUUUUAUGUUUUACUCUCCUUGUUAUUCCUCUUCCCCUCUUCAAAAAUCCAUUUGUUCUUUGCGUUUCUGUAUGGUUUUGGAUUUAUCAGCAGAACAUUAUUUUUCCUUGCUGCUUGAUGAAUUUGUUGCUUGUAUAAACCAAAUGAAACUACUAUUGCUACACACACACACACACACACUCUUUAACACAAAGGAGUAUUGAGCAUUUAUGUUUUUGUACAACAUAAAACAAAAACUUUACACCCGUACACUUACAUGUUAACAUUAGGCCUUUGUAAACUUCAAUUUGCAAUCAAAAUAUUAACAUAUUUAUUUUAUUCUAUGCCCUCAUAUGCAUAUAUACCAUGUCCUAUAAAUAAGUCACCAUUUUACUUUAUGUUCUGCCUUAUUUAUAAGACUUUUCGUCUGUGUAUGUACACACAUAUAUGUAUAUAUACACACACACACAUGCAUUUGUGUUUGUGUAUAUAUACAUGUACACAUAAUGCAUUUUAUACACACACACACAUUUAGGUAUAUCUACAUGGUUGUUCUAUUCAGAUCACUUCAUUUGGUUUACAUAUUGGGCAUUACACACAGUCUUGUAAUCUUGUUCUUCAGCGAACUGACUAUUAGGGUACAUCAAUAUUUAUAUUGAUAAAAAAAAAAGUCAUUUGUUUCUUUUCACAUGUUUUUUUUCUUUUCUUUUUUUUUUUUUUGUUUCUUCUUCAAGAGAUAAGCCUUAUUGUUAUGGUGUGAGUGAGUUCUGUGUAAUACGACACACUAUGUUCUCUCCUCUGCAAAACUGAAUUUGGUUUUUAGUUCCAGUUGCAUCUACUUCGUUACAUUGCCUGUUCACUGAAAGCACACACAGCUUUUGUUAAUGUCUAAAUGCUUCGCUUCAUGCAUUUGUAAUAAACUCUUAGUUACUUAUACCUUGGUUCAAUACUACAUCCAGGGGAUUUGAAUCUGACCAAGUUUCAAUUGUCUAUCGUAACCAUUUAACAGAACUUUAUGACUUUUGCUAGGGCAUGAACAUCUGUUUAACUCUUCUUAGUAAGAAACCAAGUUUUUUUUUUUUUUUCGUUGUUGUUUCUUUAGCAAAUAAGAAUCAGGGCUUUUAACUUACCUUUUUUUUUUUUUCUUCGAUUGGAAAUUAUUGAAAUUUGGUUACUGUUUUGUUUAACCAACUCCACAGCUUGUCUUGUCUGCAAUUCCCCUAUAGCUAAGCUUCCUCACAUGCUUGUUGCUUUUCUGUUGGUUCCAGCUUCCCCCCAACCCAUUCCCUUCGUGUAUGACAACAUUGGGCUCUUCAAAUUAGUCUUUGCCAUGCAUGUCAAUUAUGUGUUUCGUUUUUAUCGAUAGAUAUUAACACCCGGUGAGUUUUCUCUCAAAUAUUUUUUUAACCUGAAGUUUUUUCAAGUCCAGUUGUUAGGAAUAAUAUUUGUUUAUUUAGUAUAAAAGAAAAAAAAAUUUAAAAAUAUUAAAAAAAAAACAAAACAAAACACAUUAAUGGGGAACAAAACAAAAAAUAAAUAUUGUGGAAAAAAAAAGUUACUGGGAAAAUUUCCAGCAAAGUGUAAGUUAGUAGUAAAGUAUAAUUUUAUCAUCUCGUUAUUGUGUGGAGAAAUGGUCCAACACUAAUUAUUUUAUUUAUGUUUUUAAUUUUGUCUUCAUUUAUACUCAAGAGGACAUAAACAGUAUUUGUAUUUUUUCUUCAUUCCAUCUUUAAAAAUGGUGUUUAUUUUGAACAAAAUAUUUAAUUUGGCCAUAAAAUGUAAUGAACUUGAAGAAAAUCUAGGUUGGUUAAAAAAAUAAAUAACAGAAAUAUGCUGAGAUUGACUCAACUAUAUUUCUCUUACUACUAAACUUGCUUUGUAUCUAAGAAAGAAAUUAUUUACUACAAAGAUAGAAUUUAUCCAACUUUGAGCUAACAGUUUCCACUUACAACUAUCAAGAGGUGCCUGCAUACUGUUAUAAAGUGAUGUUAUUUUCGCCCCUAUUUAUAAAGUACUAUUGGCAGCAUUAAAGGUUGAUAGGAUGAUUGUCUUAUAUUAAUUCUUAGAAUUAUCUUCAGUGCAAAUUUCAGUUUGCUAGAUUUCUUUCAUAACUGUCUUACACUACCAAAAAAUAAAAAAAAUUAUACUCAGAAGAGCUAAUUGGAAAUUAAUAAUUUUUUUUUAUAAAGCAUAUUUCCUUAAAGGGUGCCAAUUAAGUCCCUUUUUUUUUUAAGCUGCAUCACUUCAUUUGGUUAAACCCUCUUAUCAUCCUAGUCAAGGUUGUGGCUGUAUCAGUGAAGUCAAAUUGUCAUUACUCUUCCUUUCCGUCAAGGAAUAACUCUUGGUUUUUUCCCUUCUUCAUAUCCACUCAUGAAUGAACUGACAAAUAGCGACCUUGUUGGAGACUAUUUUU